UCCUGUAAAGCUGCUGUGUGACAACACCUGUUGUAAAAAUCACUUUAUCAACUUUGCCUUGAUUUGAUUGUAAAGUUACUUGGCAAAAUCAUUUUAAGCAAAUCAUUAAUGAUUAGUUUCUGUUCACAGUUGCUCUUCUGUCUCCAUUCAAUAACUGAUUGGUAUUCUGUCUUUGAAGGAGCAGCCCCAACACUUCAGGCUGCUUUAAGGAGAGCAUAUGAAGAAAAUGCUGCUCUAAAGGUGAAGGUGAAAAGUCUUGAGGAGAAGGUCACAUUAUUAGAGGAUGACAAGCAGUUUCUUCAACAAAGCCUGAAUGAAGCACUGGUAAUAAGCAAAGCAGUGUCUGGACGAAGCACUCAGGCACAUAUCAGUGGUAGUGAUAGCAGUGAAGAUGAGGAUAGCAGCUGUGAGGAAGAGGAUAGUGCAGAUUCUGAAUCUUCAUCUAGCCAGGGAAAGAAGGAGAAAAGGAAGAAAAAAAGAUUGCAGAAGAAAGCAAAUAAAGAUGAUGCAGUAAUGGAAAAAAAGAAAGGAAAAAUGGCUAAAGAUUCUGACACAAGUUCUGACAGUGAUGAUGACUGCCCACUAAAAAAGAACAGCAAGAAAAAGAAGCCACAAGAGAAGAUGAAAGAAUAUGCAAAGAGAAAAGAUAACACCACUUGAAAAUCAUUGUUACAUGUUUCUUAGAAAGGCCAGCUGUUUUUCACUGAAUUUGUUUUCUUAAUUGCGAGUUUGUUAGGUACACCUAAAUUGUACCUGUGUUUAUCUGACAUUUUGUCAGUGCACCUGUCAUAUAGGUUUACAAUUACUAAUUAGAUCAUUACAAUAACUAAUUUUGCAUUUAUUGUCCCCCUUCUAUCCUCUUCUAUUCCGCCAAUGAGUGAAAAGAGAACUUCACAGGACCACCACUGAAAGAUACAAUUUGGUUGGUGGCCCAUUCUCAGCACAGCAGAGACACUGACAUGGUAGUGUGUGUGUUCCAGGUACAAAUGUAUCAGACACAGAGGUGUACCUAAAGUUUUUACACGUCAU